UCCCCUGUUGCAACUCUCCCACCCAUCAUCCUCUCCCACCCCUCUUCCUCCUCUUCAUCCUCAUCUCUUAGCCUUCCCUGCCUUCCCAACCUCCCUUCUCCUGCUCCCUCCUCGUCGGCCUCCAAGAUAGAUUCCCUCAGGAGUAAGGUUGACCUACUCAAACUGCCCCUGGCUCUCUCCACCAAGUCCAUCUCUGAGCGCAAAAGCCAGCUGGGAGGCGUCGGCGAGCAGCGCGGCACGGCGGGAGGAGGCGGGGCUCGUAAAGCCCGCUCACCGCUGACCCGAGAUAUGGACAACGAGUCGCAGUACUCGGGCUACUCAUACAAGUCCUCCCAUUCCCGAAGCUCCCGAAAGCACAGGGAUCGGAGGGACCGUCACCGCUCCAAGAGCCGAGACAGCAGCAGUCGUGGAGACAAAUCAGUCACCAUCCAAACACCUGGAGAGCCGCUGCUCGAUGCAGAGUCAACCCGCGGAGAUGACAGGGAUGACAACUGGGGAGAGACCACCACUGUGGUCACUGGCACCUCAGAGCACAGCAUCUCAAACGAGGACCUGACCCGCGUCACCAAAGACUUGGAGGAGUCAACUCCACUGGAAUGCAAGCGUUUUGUGGGCCCGGCACUGGGAGGCUGCCUGAGCUUCUUCGCCCUGGUCACACCAUUAGCCUUCCUCAUCCUGCCGCAGGUCUUGUGGCGUGACACCCUUGAGCCUUGUAACACUCCCUGCGAAGGCCUCUACAUCUCCCUGGCCUUCAAGCUCCUGGUCCUGCUAAUCUCCUCCUGGGCGCUGUUCCUCCGCCCUCCCCGUGCAACCCUCCCCCGUUUCUUUGUCUUCCGCUGCCUCCUGAUGGUGUUGGUGUUCCUCUUUGUGGCGUCGUACUGGUUGUUCUACGGUGUGCGAGUGUUAGAGCAAAAAGAAAUGGACUACAGGGGGAUUGUGGAGUACGCUGCCUCGCUGGUGGAUGCCCUGUUGUUCAUCCAGUACCUGGCUCUGGUACUACUGGAGGUCCGACACCUUCAGCCAGCCUUCUGCCUCAAGGUGGUGCGGAGCACAGAUGGAGCUAGCAAGUUCUACAAUGUGGGGCACCUCAGCAUCCAGCGGGCAGCUGUCUGGGUAUUGGACCGUUAUUACAGCGAUUUCCCCGUCUACAACCCUGCUCUGCUCAACCUGCCGAAGUCCAUCCUUUCCAAGAAGAUGACCGGCUUCAAAGUUUACUCUCUUGAUGAAAACACCACCAAUAACUCCACAGGCCAGUCCCGGGCCAUGAUAGCAGCUGCUGCCAGACGGAGAGACAACUCCCACAACGAGUAUUACUAUGAGGAGGCCGAGAUGGAUCGCAGGAUCCGCAAACGCAAAGCCAGGUUGGUGGUGGCAGUGGAAGAGGCCUUCACACACAUCAAGCGCCUCCACGAGGAAGAGGCGGCCUCGUCUCCCAAACACCCCAGAGAGGUGAUGGAUCCUCGAGAGGCAGCUCAAGCUAUCUUUGCUCCUAUGGCCCGGGCCAUGCAGAAAUACCUGAGAACCACACGUCAGCAGGCCUUCCACAGUAUGGAGAGCAUCCUGACGCACCUUCAGUUCUGCAUCACGCAUAACAUGACGCCCAAGGCUUUCCUGGAGCGUUACCUCACCCCCGGCCCCACCAUGCAGUACCAGCAGCAGAAUGGCAGGGGGCGCCAGUGGACUCUGGUGAGUGAGGAGCCAGUGACCUCAGCCCUGCGUCAGGGCUUGGUCUUCUCCCUACGACGCUUGGACUUCUCCCUUGUUGUCACAGUGACGCCACUUCCCUUCCUGCGGCUCGGGGAGGAGUUCAUCGACCCAAAGAGCCACAAGUUUGUCAUGAGGCUGCAGUCUGAGACCUCAGUGUAAAGGUGUCCAAUGAAACAUCUUCUUUUCCCACACUUUCCUCUCCCCUAAUGCUCAUUCCUCCUGCAUCACUGAUGUGGUGGGACACAUGGAGGCCAUGUGGUCUAUUCUCGCCCGAUCGUUUACCCUCUUGGCGACAGAGAAACCAUUCAAAGAGAGGAAUAUGUCUGCAGGCCUCCCCUUCCUGUUUUGUGAUCAUCACAGAUGCUCUGGUAUCAGACUGUGAUCAGCUCAACGAUUGUUCCACUCUUGGACGUAAACUGAUGCCUUGACCUUUUUUCGUUUUUUGAUGUUGUCUUUACGACACACCUUAACGAUCUUUGUUCCUCCAAAAGGGGACUUCUCCCUUUGCCUCUUCUUUUGCCACUGGACUACUUUACUGUGCUGACACAACACACAAAAACCAGAGGAGGGGGAUUACAUCACAUUUGUCACUUCCUUUUUUUUUGUGUCUUAAAAAUCAGACCAACCGGAGUUCAGCUCUGACUGCAAUGCUGGUGUACCACUGCCCUCUGGUCCCCUGUCAGAGUCAUUGUGUUUAACAUGACAUGGGUCGUUGUUGUUUUUUUUAAUAUUAGAGGAGUGACUUUUUAACUUUCAGAAUGUAGCAUUUUGUGCAGUGAGUUAACAUGUUUCUCUCCUGUGGCCUGAAAGCCAGUAUGUCCUUUUUUUGUUUUUUAUAAUGUGACUAUUAAGUAAAAUGGACGUACAUUCCUAACUCGUUGCUACUCCAAACUCUGUAUGUUCAUGAUUGUCUAAAUAUGCAGCUUUAGUUUAUUUCACACUGGUACUUUUACUCUUGAUGUCACAGUUUUAGCAGACAGACUUACAGAAACAUAAAAACCCCAAACAUUUUCACCUGGUAUUAACUGAGAAUCUUAUUUGGGUGACGAUAUUAAAACGUUAGCUCAGUGGUGUUCUGAAUUUUUCUUAUUGUCAAUAAAUCCAGCAAAAAUACCAACAGUGCACUGCUCCAUAUGCCAGUACUUGGAAUAUAUUUAUUGCUGCUUCCUAAAAACAACUCACACAUGCAUUACGCUAUAUGUGUGUGUGUGUGUGUGUGCGUGUGUUUCUUUAAGAAGGUGGUGAGCACUGAGUAUUUUUGGCGACAGGAUGGUGUGCGUGGGAUUGCUGAGACUAGAAUAAACUUCACAGGAAAAACUAGAGCCCAUCUAAUACUGGGUUAUUUUUAAAGGCCAAUGCCAAUCUUUAUGGAGUAAAACAUUUAUGAUAUAAUAUAAUGGCUCAUAUUUUCUGUAUAUUACUUCUUUAGAAAUUUAUGUUGUGACUCCACACCACCAUCCUCUCUGCUGUACUCUGGCUUCCUCCCGCAGUCCAAAGACGUGCAGUCAGUGGGGUUAACUGGUGUUUCUGAAUUGGCUGUAGAUGUGAAUGUGAGUGCGAAUGUCCAGGGUGUACCCUGCCUCUCACCUUAUCGCAGCUGGGAUAUGCUCCAGCCAUGAAUUGGAUAAGGGGAAGAAAAUGGAUGGAUCUACUGUUUUUGGUCUUCUUACGGGGCUUGUUGACAAUAAUGCUGGCAAAUUUUCUGUGGCUGAUUGGAUAAAAACAUACCCAGUAUAAAAUUCAAGUUAAUUGUUUGAGCAACCGUAUUUCGCAACUUGCCUUGAGAUGGAGUUGCUUGUAUAUUUAGAUCUGAUUCUGUGUGAGAUGUCACGCCUGCACUAACUCUAAGCCAGACCUUAGAAUCAGAUAACAGCAUUUUGAGUCAUUGUGCGCAGGCGCUAGGCUGCUGCAAAACUUGAGGCUGUGU